AUGCAAGAGCGCGGAAUCUCAGCAGUGGGAGUGGUGGGCGGACACACCGCCCUGGACUUGGCGCCAGACCUGGAGUGCGACGGAGUCAACCUGGCGAUGAACUCACGCCAGAUGCUCACGGAGGGGAAAUACAGGCGCAAGAAGACGGUUGCCGAAGUGUAUCAGGAAGACAAAAGUUAUGUGAAAGGGGUUAGGGGACACGGCUACAAGGACAAGCUGACAGGGCCCCUGCUCCAGUUCAAGGCCUACAUCGAGUACCGCGACGUGGCCAAGUUCAAUCGGCUGGCACUGUCCAAGGCAAUGCCGAGCCAGGCGGUGACCGCAUCAAAGCCAGAUCCGACAGUGGAGACAUCAGGAAGGAUGACGGCAAGUCCCACUAAGCGUCGAGCAAAAAAAGAGGCGGACAAGUUGGAGUCGCCGGACACGGACAGCGGCUCACGGUUGAAAGUGGAAGAGAAUCCGUGUUGUGAAGCAUUGGGAGAUCCUUGCGGGGGAGCUGAUCGACCUGGUCGAUGUCAAGUUGAGGGUGAUCGCCAACCGGAUGCAGCGCGACCCCGUGAGGGCGAAGAUGAUUGUCCGCCCAUUGUGGUGAACUGCAAGACCAGGCGCAAGCUAAGUCGAGCAAUAGCCACGUUGUAA